AUGUACGGGCUACUUCUAGAAAACAUGGCGGAGUACAUCCGACAAACCUACGGCGAGGAACGCUGGGAGGAUAUCCGGAGGCAGGCCGGCGUGGAGCAACCCUCGUUCUCAGUCCACCAGGUGUACCCUGAGAACCUCAUCACCAGGCUUGCCAAGAAAGCCCAGGAGGUCCUAGGCAUAACAGAGCGCGAAUUCAUGGACCAAAUGGGCGUUUACUUCGUCGGAUUCGUCUCCCAAUAUGGCUACGACCGCGUCCUGUCAGUCCUAGGUCGCCACAUGAGGGAUUUCCUGAACGGCCUAGACAAUCUACAUGAAUACCUCAAGUUUAGUUACCCUAGGAUGCGAGCGCCUAGUUUUAUAUGCGAGAAUGAGACUCGUCAGGGACUGACGCUGCAUUAUAGGUCGAAAAGGAGAGGGUUCGUGUAUUACGCUAUGGGACAGAUUCGAGAGGUAGCCCGUCACUUCUACCACAAAGAGAUGCGAAUAGAGUUACUCCGGGAAGAACUGCUCUUCGACACAGUCCACGUGACCUUCCAGUUGACCUUCGACAAUCGGGCGUUCACCCUGGCGUCCUUAGCCAUGACUCGGGAGGAAAAACAUCUGCCGAUCAGCGCCUCCGUGUUGUUCGAGAUAUUUCCGUUUUGCAUCGUUUUUGGAUCCGACAUGGUGGUUCGCAGCAUCGGCAACUCCCUGAUGGUAAUCCUGCCCGAUCUGGUAGGCAAGAAGAUCACCAACUGGUUCGAUCUGGUCCGGCCUCUCAUAGCCUUCAAGUUUCAAACCAUUCUUAACCGCACAAACAACAUCUUUGAGCUUGUGACCGUGGAGGCAGUCAUACAUGAAAAGGCAACAGAUAAGAGGAGCGAGAUCUUAAAGCUUUCAGAUGAGUCUGAUGGGACCACGGAGAAGAAUUUGAGGCUUAAAGGUCAAAUGAUCUACAUGGACAACUGGCGGAUGAUGAUGUACCUGGGAACCCCUGUGAUGCCGGACCUCUCAGCUCUAGUUUCCACUGGCCUCUACAUCAACGACUUGUCUAUGCAUGACUUCAGCAGAGACCUGAUGUUAGCCGGAACGCAGCAAUCCGUGGAGCUGAAACUAGCCUUGGACCAGGAGCAACAGAAGAGCAAAAAGCUAGAAGAAUCCAUGAGGAAACUAGACGAGGAGAUGAAAAGGACUGACGAACUAUUGUACCAGAUGAUACCCAAGCAAGUGGCCGAUCGACUGAGGAAGGGGGAGAACCCUAUUGAUACUUGUGAGAUGUUCAACAGCGUGUCUAUUCUCUUCUCCGACGUGGUAACCUUCACGGAGAUCUGCUCUCGCAUCACGCCCAUGGAAGUGGUCUCAAUGCUGAACGCCAUGUACUCCAUCUUUGAUACACUUACUGAACGAAACCGGGUGUAUAAGGUAGAAACCAUUGGAGACGCUUACAUGGUGGUGUCAGGGGCGCCAGAAAAAGAGGACAACCACGCGGAGAAAGUCUGCGACAUGGCACUUGACAUGGUGGAAGCAAUUACUGACCUUAAGGACCCUAGCACAGGUUCUCAUCUCUCAAUCAGAGUGGGUGUCCACUCCGGCGCAGUAGUGGCCGGAAUCGUCGGCCUCAAGAUGCCUCGGUACUGCCUCUUCGGAGACUCAGUCAACACUGCCUCGAGAAUGGAGUCCACAUCUGAAGCCAUGAGGAUCCAUAUCUCGCAGACGACGCAGGAGCUGCUCUCGCCGUCUUAUAUGAUGCAGGAGAGGGGGGAGAUACAGGUUAAAGGGAAAGGCUCAAUGAAGACCUAUUGGCUCGAAGGAAGAGAGUCCAGACCUUCCUUAACCAAGGUGAUAUCGCCGCAACUGCAACCAGGCACGGAGCCAGAAUGGGAGCGAGCUGCUGACGUCAGAGACUCGAUUGCAGAGUAUUCUGCACAGCAGUUCUUGAAUAAAGAGAGCAAUGGUUUGCAGGCGAAUGCUGUGCAGAAUUCUGGACCAAGCUCGUUGGUCAGUUUAUCAGGGAACACUCUAGCCCAACCCUCCACCCCAACAAUUCGCAGCCAGGGACACGCCACUCCAACUGUGACGUCACCAGUGGAAGAACGUCGGAUGUACUCUCCCGUCACGUUUCAAGAUGUAGCGAGAAGGAGCAUAGCUAACUCGCCGAACAGGACUGAAAAGACUAGAGAUUCGAGGUCAAACUCAACAAGCCUGGGUGGCAACUGGGCUGAUGCGGAGUCUCUCGCCACGGAUCCUGCGCGGACCAUCGACAGCCUCAACUCUAUUUGUUACAGUGCGACGUCCCCUUGCAGAAACGGCACCGCGCCCCCCUCCAAAGAAAGGGAGGACAGUUUCGGCGAUACAGCUUGCGUAGCUCGAAUGUCCGCAGUACACUCGGCGCCACCCGCGUGCGUUGUCACAGACUCAACACAUCAACUCAGCGCAGAAGAAAUAGAAACUGACACAGAAUACCAAGACGCUCACGAGCUCAGCCACCCCCACAUCUGCACAGUCUCCGAAGCCAUCACCGAAAACCCCAAGCCAGGCAAAGUAGGCCGUUUCAAAGCUCGGAUAGCCCCCCACAAGUCCUGCGCGAAACCCCACAAGGACUCCCUAAAGGAUAAAAACCCCCCAGUUCAUGGACACCAUCAUACGAAAAACGUGAAUCACCAUCAGUGUUGUGGGGCGUUCGGUAACCCGCACGUGAGACAUAAAAAUAACUCUAGCUGUCAACUUAUUUAGGUACACGGGUAACACUUUAAAUAGGAUAUCAUUGAAAACUUUGUGAUGAGGCUCAAUUUUUGUUUGAUGACAGCAGAUUAUUGAUCAAUUUUCUGAAACCACUAGAUUUAUGU